AUGUCCACAAUGAAGAACAACUAUGUGAUCCUAAUGAAUAAUGAUGAUAUUUCUGACUCAGAACUCGAAUCAAAUGUUCAGUAUAUCGAAUCUUCAUUUUCUGACCAAGCUCUUUUACACAGAAGAAUCAACCCCACAUCGAAAGAUUACUACAAAUUCAAACACAGAAAGUUAAAAAAUUCUCGAAUAGUUAAAUUUUUCCACAGAGCCAAGACAAAAGCAAAGCAAAAUCCAAGACCUCAAAAAAUUUCAGAGAGUCUUGCAAUAGAUUUGGGCCUUUCAAUAAAAAGUAUAGAGCAUGAGGAGACAGUUAAAUGUAUGGUUUCCAGCAUUUUAUUUAUCAUGGUUAUCAUUGUCCUUAUUUUUGUAGCUAUUCUCAAAAAUCCUGAAAUGUAA